GCAGGCGCAACGCGUUGACCUGAUCAUCGAACUUUCAACAAACUUCACCUUCACCUCUCUCUGAUCUACAAACUUCUCGCGCAGCACGGAAACCACAUUCAUCCUCCUCGAAGCCAUCUACGGAUACAUCCUUAAGGAUAACCGCUACAUUGGCGUCAUGAGCGGCGGUGUCGGAUGGCGCAAAAGAAGUGAGUGGCCACGCGGUUUUAGCGAUUUCCCUCACAUAUAUAUACUCAUCACCUGUUCCCUAGUACAUUCUCGACCGGGUGCUGCAAAAUUGAAUCAAGAAGAUCGCGCCUUACCCGAUACAGAUACAGACAGCCUCCGCCCUCCGUCAGAGCGGUCAAACUGGAGAAACACCUUCCACAGUCGUCCAGGAACACCCAGCAGAGCCCCGACACCAACAAUCUUCCACGUCGAUACGGAUGACGUCCGCCGGGACAUUACACUGGAUGUGCCCAACCCACGCAAAGCGACAAAGCCUAAGCUAGCACGUUAUCUUUCGGGUUACCUGGCAGUAAAAGAUGUAUCAAAGGAGCCCGAGUUUAGUGUGCCCUGGCUUGAGAUACCACCGGCUUCUAGAGAAUAUGUGGAUCCCAUGGCUUCUCUUCAGUCUGUUUUUUCGCAUAUGACAACCAACCCAUCUUGCCCAAUACCACUCCAUUACAACAACGGCAUCUUCCGCGUGUUCGAAGAUUAUCGAAAGGUUAGGGACGAGAAAGAGCGUUUGGACGAUCUCCUGCAUGAGACUUUUGAGGGGUAUCGAGCGGUGGAGAGGUUUUUCGAGAAAGCCGAGGCUGAAUACCAAGCGGAAAUUCGUCGACUAGAGCUUCUCAUUGCUCGCGGUACAUCUGGCAUGGAUGGUGUGAUCAAAGCACGGCGCGAUUCUACCGUGAGGAGAAUGAUAGCUCACAAAAAGACAGCGUCGGAGGAUUCUGCACUGGUAUCUUUGGAGAAUACUCCCACGGCACAGUUGGAUGAUCAAAUCCGUAUACGGAGCCAACAAGGCCUUCUACAUAGACCAGUGUCUCCGUCCAGCAAAAUGGCGAUGUUGUCCAGACGCUUGGAGAAUACUCAGUCCACGAGCGACUUUAUUGUUGGCACGCCACCUAUCCAGGAGAGAAAAGUCACAUUGUCCCGUAAAUUGCAAAGCGAGCUCGACCUUGCGCGCCUUGCAGAUCCUGGCAUUAACGGCUCAGUUCCGCGCUCGGUCGACUCUGGAUUUUCCGGUAACGGUGACCCAUUGCCAGACGAAGUGGAUCCUCAACUGACCAUGGUGGGGCCUGCGAUCGAUCUGGAGGCAUUUGUGGCUUUGAAGGAGCUUGGAAGCUUGGUUGCACGGAAGCGAGGGAUUGAUACAAACAGAUUCCUCACGGGACUGAUGCAACUAUUUUCGAUGGGCUCGGAGCAUGGCCAAUACGAGCUCCGCCAUGGAGGUUUUGACGAAGAGAUCAAUACAAGCUCUUUCGAUGCCGUUAAUAACCCCGUCGAGGCUCCAACCACCCCGGAGCACAUCGUGCGGCACGUUCGCUCACAACCUCUACUCUGGUCUGCGCAACGGUCCCGAAGACAUUUCUCGUUCGAACCUGGAGAUGAUCAGCUCGCGGCGCUCGAAAGGGAGCUAAAAGCACAUGGAAUGGACGGCUCGUCUAACUCAAACGAAGUGGACGCUGCCUCCGGUGGACAAGCGUUACCUUCACAAAAUAGUGUGUCGCACAAUGCAGACACGCAAAAGCCUCCUAGGAUACCAUCUCCCAUGCAAUGGCCAGGGCUGAAGACCGUUCGACGCGGAAGUUCAAACUCCAGCAUAAGGACUACGCUGCAAAAUCCAGACACUAGAGAGCGGCGCAGCAGUCGGUCGAGCGUGUUGACUGCAUUUCGUCAAGAAUCUAACGGUAGCUCGCGACCUGUUGCACAGAGCAGAAGUAGUUCUGUGAAUGCCUUACGACACGUCGAGGCAUAUUCGUCUGGCUCCGCUGGUGGCCUCGGGGCGCGAUGCAAUUUCGCAACUGUGGCGGCAGUCAGAGCAGUUGAGCAGGCGGAUAAUUUGGUGUCAAAAACCAUUGCAGCCCAGUCCGCGUCGAUAGCUCCCGCCUCUGGGUCAUCCGCAUGAGCUAGUCGUCUAUCCGAAAAGGCACAAACAGAGAAUUUUGCCUUAUGAGCACGUAUGACAGCAUCCGGAAGAUGCCAAAUCAUCAACUACCUGAUCUAUACCAAUUCAGGAUGCCAGGUUGAUGAGGAAGAGUUAGGUGUUGACGAAUAAUCGCGCUUCCGUCAGAUUCAACGAGGGGACCUUCCUAACCUACCUAGCUUAAAGAUGUAACCACGGAACCAUAACGCCGCGUCGUGAAAGCCGCUGGCUUAGUUUCAUCACGUUGCACAAAUCUCUCUUGGUUCAGCUGUAUUCCUCCGCACAUCCACUGUUACCCCGUACGAAUGCUAUA